CAUAAAAGAUUGAAAAUCAAAUAAAAUGGGAAGACAAAAAAGAAGCCAGAAGUUUUCUUCCAGGAAGAAGGUUAUGAGCUCUUCAGAUCCAAGAUUAAAGGAAAAGGACAGAAUACCCUCCAAGAAGGAAUUAAGAAAGCGGAAGGAGAAAGAGGAAAAAGAAGGGAAAACUACAGAACAUGCUCAGGCUAGCAGUGCACUAUUCUUCCAAUAUAAUACUCAACUGGGACCUCCUUUUCAUAUUCUAGUUGACACAAAUUUUAUCAACUUCUCGAUCAAGAACAAGAUGGACAUCAUCCAGAGCAUGAUGGACUGUUUGUACGCCAAGUGUAUUCCCUAUGUAACAGACUGCGUGAUGGCAGAGUUGGAGAAAUUAGGAGCUAAAUACAGGAUAGCGCUGCGGAUAGUAAAGGAUCCUAGGUUUGAGAGAUUAACAUGCUUACAUAAAGGAACCUACGCUGAUGACUGCUUAAUUAACAGGGUGACCCAGCAUAAAGCCUUUAUAGUUGGCACCUGUGAUAAAGAUCUCAAAAGAAGAAUAAGGAAUAUACCUGGAGUGCCUAUUAUGUACCUCACAAACCACAAGUACAGCAUUGAACGAAUGCCGGACGCCUACGGAGCUCCGAAAUAAAUAAUCCAAAAAAAUAUUUAAUCUCACAAAAUUUUCCUUAGUUGUACAAAUUCAGAAUUGUCAGAUAUUUUCUGAUUAAAACUAUCUUAUGUCCGCCAUUUUUAUUUUUUCCAGA